AUGACCAGACAGUCCUCCAUUUUCCAUUCCACAAACUCACUCCUUUCCCACCACCUUCGCAUCAUCGUCCCCAGCAGAACCCACACCACCUGCACAUCAUGGAACACCCAACUCCGGCAGCUAACCAAAGACGGAAACUAUCAAGAAUGCCUUAAUCUCUACCGGCAAAUGCUCCGAUUCGGUGCCUCUCCAAACGCUUUCACCUUUCCCGUUGUCCUCAAGUCCUGCGCCGUCCUAUCUCUCCCGAUAUCAGAUGCACGCAAACUGUUCGACGAAAGUCCUCAGUCCCAAACGCUGACAGUUUGUUAUAACGCUCUCGUUGCUGGGUAUACUCGAAAUGGUUUGACUGAUCCUGGACAGUUGAAGUUUGCAGAAUCUUUACAUGCUUUUGUGGCUAAGUAUGGGUUAGACCUUGACUUCUGUGUUAGAAAUUGUUUGCUCACGAUGUAUGUUCGAUGUGGAUCAAACGAACUAGCUCGGAAGUUCUUUGAUGACAUGCCUGUUAAAGAGUUAGCCACUUGGAAUGCUAUGAUCUCAGGGUAUGCACAAAAUGGAUAUGCAACCGAAGCCUUGGAACUUUAUCAGAAAUUUGAAUCAUCUGGUAUGGAUCCUGACCCUAUAACCCUUGUUGGUGUGCUUUCAUCUUGUGCUCAUCUUGGUGCCCAGAAAAUUGGUGUAGACAUAGAAAAGAAAAUACAAAACAGUAGCUAUAAACACAAUCUUUUCUUGAAUAAUGCUCUGAUAAACAUGUAUGCUAGAUGUGGUAAUCUGGUAAAAGCUCAUGAGAUUUUCGAUAGCUUGCUAGAGAAGAAUUUAGUAUCAUGGACAGCAAUUAUAGGCGGAUAUGGGAUGCAUGGCCAAGGAGACACCGCUGUGCAGCUUUUUGAUGAGAUGAUAAGGUGCAACAUUAGGCCUGAUGGGCCGGUUUUUGUUAGUGUUUUGUCUGCGUGUAGUCAUGCUGGAUUGACUGAUGUAGGGUUAGGUUAUUUUGAUGCAAUGAAGAUGAAUUACGGGUUGAGCCCAGGUCCAGAACACUACUCGUGUGUCGUGGAUCUUUUGGGUAGGGCAGGUCGACUUGAUGAUGCUCAAAAGUUCAUUAAAACAAUGCCAAUGAAACCUGAUGGUGCUGUAUGGGGAGCCCUUUUGGGUGCUUGCAAGAUUCACAAGAAUGUUGAGUUAGCUGAGUUGGCAUUUGACCAUGUGAUUGAGCUUGAACCCACAAAUAUCGGUUAUUAUGUUUUAUUAUCAAACUUAUACACAGAGGUUAGAAACACGGAUGGUAUACUACGGAUACGAGUAAUGAUGAGAGAAAGAAGGCUAAGAAAGGAUCCAGGGUAUAGCUAUGUUGAACAUAAAGGAAAAACUAACCUUUUUGUAGCUGGUGAUCAUAAUCAUCCACAAACAGAGGAGAUAUAUGCAAUGCUGGAUAGACUUGAUGAAUUGGUAAAUGAUUCACAUGUGAAUAAUAGAAAUGGAGAAAGGACAAAUGAUGAAGUUAGUGGUCUGGUUCAUAGCGAAAGAUUGGCUAUUGCAUUUGCGCUAUUGAGCACGGAUAUCGGGCAAGACAUUGUUGUGAUAAAGAACUUGAGGGUAUGUGGAGAUUGUCAUGUGUUUAUAAAGUCGGUUAGCAAGGUUGUGGACCGGCGGUUUGUUAUUAGAGAUCCGACCCGUUUCCACCAUUUCAAAGAUGGAGUUUGUUCAUGCAAGGACUACUGGUAAUGGGACUUGUUUUUUGAUGCACAAACUAGGUCUUCACACUGUUAUUCAAAAAAGCAAAAGGUUUUGGAACUUUUUGCACAUAGAAAAUGAUUUUGGGAGAAGGGUCAUGUGAACUUGAGAAUGUAGCACUCCGAGGAUGUGAGCAAUGUUAGUUUCAGGGUGGUAUAUUUGUACAAACACACGAAAGUUUAAGUCUGACAGCAAAUGAGAAGCUCAGGGAUGUCUUACUAUUAUUGGCUACAAUACCAUAAAUGAAAAG